AUGGCCCUCCACCCGCCGAACGACCCCUCGAAGCUCAUCUUCGCCCCCGCAGGGUCCGAAGCCCACGGGCAGGCGGCGCAGUUCACGUCGCCAGCCCUGCACCGCGGCGACCUCGACCCGACGUCGCCGACGGCGCAGUUCCACGCGUGGUUCCAGGCGGCGCAGGCGGCGCCCGCCGUCGCGCACCCCGAGACGUGCACGCUGGCGACGGCGCACCUGCCGUCGGGCCGCGUGUCGGCGCGCACGCUCUACCUCAAGGAGCUCGACGCCGCGGGCGCCUACGUCGUCUACUCCAACUUUGCCACGUCGCGCAAGGCCGCCGACCUGGCGUCCAACCCGCGCGCCAGCCUCGUCUUCUGGUGGGAGGCCCUGCAGCGCCAGGUCCGCGUCGAGGGCGUCGCCGACCGCGUGCCGCGCGAGCAGAGCCAGACGUACUACGACACGCGCGUGCGCGGCAGCCGCCUCGGCGCCUGGGCGAGCCGCCAGAGCCAGGUGCUCGAGGCCCAGGGCGACGGGGACGACGGUCGCGCGCAGCUCGAGGGCUGGGUCAAGGAGGUGGAGGCCCGGUUCGACGGCGAGGACAAGAUUCCUGUGCCUGAGUUUUGGGGCGGGCUGAGGAUCGUGCCGGAUCGGGUUGAGUUUUGGCAGGGCAGGGACAGUCGGUUGCAUGAUCGCUUCGUGUACGAAAAGGACGGCGAGGCCUGGACACUCAACCGGCUGAGCCCGUAG